GUGCAGAGAUGGCGGAGGGGCUGCCGGUGCAGGUGGGACCGUCGGCCUAUCAGAGCGAGCCUUCAUCAACACAGACGCACCCGAUCGCGGGGGCGGGGCAUCAGGAGGAGGGCGUGGUCAGUCAGAGGCCUGAGUACUGUAUCGAGCUGCUGACGAGAGGACGGGAAGAGUUCAGCUUCGAGGAGCUCAGAGCGGAAAGAUACUUCAAACGGAGAGAAGAGCGGGAGAUAGAAGAGAAACUGAGACGUGGCGAAGAGCUGAAGAAGCAGCUGAGGAAGGAGCUGGAGGAGAAGAAGAGACUCGUAGAGCUCAUGAAGUCACAGAUGGGUCCUGAAGGCUCCGCCUCUCGGAUCAGAGACGCUGCCGGGCCUCCCGCUGCCGCCUCCUUCCAGAUCUACGAAGACUCCCGGUCUGCUGCUGCUGCUCGGCCUGCUGGAACCUCUGACGCGUCUCAGGACAAGCUGCAGGACGACGUCUUCCUCCGACCUGACGAGAGAGGGCUGUGUCUGAAGGUCCAGUGUCCACAACAAGGUUUUUUCGGAACCUCUUCACUCCCUCAGGUCGACGCUGGGAUCCAGCCUCACAACACAAACCUGCCAUCUGCUCCACAAAACGGCUUCACCCAGACCCCCACAGUGGUCCAGACCUCAGUGGAACCAGUGUCUAAAACCAGACAGGAGCUGAGUCCCAUACAGGAGACCAGCGUGGAGGCAAACUCUCUGACCUCGCUGGGGAUGUCGGCCGGACACGGUAGUCCACUGCAGGAGGACCAGGACCAGGAGGAACUGGACCCCGUUCCAUCACACGUUGGUGGUGCUGUGGAUCCCUGUGACCCUGACGUGCGGCGGCGGCUGCUGGAGCUCUGUGAUGUCACUUCCUCUCCAGACUUCCACUCAGAGCCCCGCCCCCUCCCUGAAGUGGAGACGGAUGGCUUUCUGCAGCUGGGGGGCAGAUUCUUUACUCUCUUCCCUGGAGUUCUGGACCGAGGAAGCUUCUCCGUCUAUAAAGGAACUACAGAGGACCACGACCACGUGCUCAUCAAGGUGGACAGCUGCUCUGUUCCCUGGGAUUUCCAUCAGUUUCAGCGUCUGAAGAAGAACUCGGCCGCCGCCGCCGGUCUUCCUCUGAUCAGCUGUUUCCUGUUCCUGGACGGCUGCAUCACCGUCUACAAAAACCCGGCUGGUUACAAGUUCACAGAGCUGACUGAGCGCGCUCCCACCGAGCUGUUGGUCGGUUAUAAAGUCCUGGCUCUGCUGCAUCUGGUGUCGCAGCUGCACUCCUGCAGGCUGCUGCAUGCGGGGCUGCAGCCCAGUGUUCUCACCUGUUCCAAGGACACACACAGAGGUUCCCUGAGUCCUGAUUCGGUCUUCCCGGUGGACUGGUCGUCCUCUGUGGACCUGGACCUCCAGCAGGGCGUCACCUCGGUCCAGCAGAUCCCAUCGGCUCAGGCCUACAUCACUCUGGGUCUACUGGAGCCGACCGCCCCGCCAGAGCUGGUUGACCUGGUGGGCGUGGCCGAAACGGUCCACCUCCUCCUGACCAACAGCAGGAUGGUCGCUGUUAAAGACGAAGGCGGCUGGACGGCAGAGUGGUUCAGUGAAGACAAACCCAGCGUCCUGCACUCCAGAAAAUGGACGAGCUUUUUCCGGACGCUGCUGAACGCCGGGGGCCGCUCGUCGCUGUCCGUCCUGUCGGAGCUGCAGGAGCAGCUGUCGGCGCUUUUCGCCUGAGUCUCUCCUGCUGGUUCUUCAUGUAUCUGUGUUUUCUUGUCAAACUAAAUAAAAAGGUUGUUUAUAAUUAAA